AUGACCUCCGAGGUCGCCGCGGCGGAGGUGGCCCCGGGAGCGCAAUUUGGACCGGAAGGUGACAAGUACGAAAUUGGGAAGCAGCUCGGCAAUGGGGCGGCUUCCCGAGUCUUUGCAUGCAGGCGGCUGAACACGGGGGAGGAGUUGGCCGUGAAGGCCGUGGAUUUGCGGCGGCUGUGCCUUCUGGGGGAGAUGCAGGAGCAGCUGAGCCGCCUGGACUGCGAGGUGGGGAUCCUGCACGAGCUGCGGCACGAGCGGAUUGUGAACCUUCAAGGCUUCCACAAGACUGAGAAUUGGUAUUUCUUGGUCAUGGAGUUGGUGGGCGGCGGCGAGCUCUUCGACGUCAUCGUGCGCAACAAGUCCCUCAGCGAGAUGGAAGCCCGCCAUAUCUUCAUGCAGCUGUUGGAAGGCGUUGGCUACAUGCACGCGCGAGGCGUGAUCCAUCGGGAUCUGAAGCCGGAAAACAUCCUGGUGGCCAGCUCUAGGCCGGAGCCCAAGGGCGGCGAGCGCUACGAGGUGAAGAUCGCGGACUUCGGGCUCUCCAAGGCCAUUGGUGGUGGCGCUUCUCUGGCGCGCACUCGCGUGGGCACCCCGCAGUACUGGGCGCCGGAGGUGUUGGAUGUGCAGAAAAGGGGCGGCUCCUAUGAUCAAGCCGCCGACUUCUGGGGCCUCGGCGCCGUGCUUUUCGUCAUGCUUUGUGGGCGCUAUCCGUUUGACGGGCAAAAGCAAGCGCUGGAUGACCAAAUCCGCACAGCCUCGUACAGCAUGUCAGGCUCGCGGUGGCGAGGCAUCUCCGAAGCUGCGAAGAGCUUGGUGCGGGGCCUGUUGCGCGUGAACCCCGUGGACAGGCUCUCCCUGGACGACUGCUUGAGUCACCCCUGGGUCACUGGUCAGCCGAUGCCAUUGCCAAAGCAGCAACGCCUGGCUCCAGCUGUGCCAGUGAUCGGCAUGAGAAGCCUAGACUUGGCUCAGCAAGCAGAUCGGGCGCAGAUGGCCGUCAUCAACGAGGGUGAAGCUGUCGCUAGGGAGGAGGGCUUCACUCCAAAAGAGGCAGAAGACCGAGCCGAGCGCGCUGCAUCCACCAGCUGCUGCAGCGUUGACUCAGACGGCAAGUGCAGCCGAGCAGUGAGCGAGCUGAGGGAGAGCCAAUCGCAGGGCGCCUUGCGCACUGCGGCACCUCUCUUGGCUGCUGCCAUUUCUCUGCGCAUCGCGGGCAAAGAAAUCCGCUUCGGCCGUUGGAGAUGGGUUUUGCUGAUGAUCCUCGCUGUCGCGCUUUAUUGGCGGCCGCCUUUGAGGGGCAAGCUGGUUCUGGAAGGAAUGCCUGGCUUGCAGAGACCUGAGCACUUCUCCAGCAACCUCAGCGUUGAAGGUGAGGAUCCGCACUUCCUGGCGCCUCUGGAUGUGCAGACGCCCUUUUUCUACCUUGCCGGUGUUGACCGGGCACCCGAAAAGCUGCUUUUGGAGGCCUCGGAGGAUGCCUACCAGAAGCAAAAAAGCCUUUUUAGGCUGUCUGAAUUGCUGAAGCUGCAGAUCUCCAUUGCAGGCUCCCUGGAGAUGGCCAACCUGGCGGUGAGGCACGUGGAUUCCGAGCUCGCGGAGUCCACGCGCAGCGCCUACCAGCAGGCACGGGAGCUCUUCAAGCGCGCGGCGGAGGUGGUGUCGCGCUACGCGGAGGUGGCGGGCCAGGUGAGCCACUCGGUGCUGCCGGAUCUGCGCCUGGCAGUCGACGAGCAGGAGCCGGCCUUUGCAGAGAGCCUGCUGGAGAUGGUGAGGAAAUGGGUGACGGACAUGAAGAAAGACAGCGACGUCAUCCGUGCCAACUACGGGGAGCUCCAGAGCACCAUCGUCUCCCUGGCGGACCGGGCGCUGCGCAGCAAGCAAGAGGCGGAUGUGAAGCUGGCACAGGCCGUGGCCACCGCUGCACGGGAGGCAAUGGUGCCAGCAGAGAAGAACUCCACGAAGACUGGCUGCACAUUGGACCAGCAGCCGCAGUUCCAGGUGGCCACAAGAGAUCCACCAGGCCCGGAGGUGGAGGUCAUCGUGGAGGACUCUGCUGAGAGCUGGGCGAACAUCGACAGCAGCGUGUCUCAAUGGCUCCCCACCAGCUCGGGCAUCGCCUCCGGCUUCAACAGCACGGACUACAUGGCUCUUGUGCCAUACCAGCCGAGCUACGAUGCGAAGGAUGCCAAGGCGGCGGCAGAAAGGGCCGCCAGCAGCUCCAAGCAGUUGCUGCGAGCGCUGCACGAGCUGCGGCGCGUGGACUCCAUCCUCGAGGGCUGCUACGUCUUCUGGGCGAACAUGGAUGGCACAGUGCAGAAGCUGGGGCAGAUGAAGGAGCACGCGGAGAGGCUGGUGAACUUUGCCGGCAGCACCCCCAAGCUCCGGCAGCGAUUCGAGCAACGCAUGAAGGAGUAUGGCGACUUUUGGACGGACCUGGAGCGCUUGUGCAGGCAGUACAGCUCCGAUCACCACGCAUCUCAGCCUGGGAAGUGUCCUUUGCCGCUGAUGUGCGCGAUACCCACGAGAGUGCCUAUGCUGGGGCGCGCGCUGGAAAUGCUGCCAGAUCUUCAGGAGCUUUUGCUGGCCACGAUGCUGCGGCCAGCACGGGCGAUUUUCCGAGCGAAAGCGCUUGACACGCAUUGUCGUUUGAGGGCGAACGCGCGAAGCAAUUGCAGCUUUGCUUUGCCGGUGCUGAUGCAGGACAUCACCUUGGCGACAGAAGUUUUGUCGCCCAGCACGAGCGAUGAUGAGCUCCAGGAGGGUGAGGGCCUCUUGGAGGCGCAGCGCUACCAAGAGGCCUUGCAGCACUUCGCUUCCGCCGUGGCGCAGCAGCCGCAGAAGCAGCUGCCCUGGUUCAACCAGGGCCUGGCGGCCGCGGAGCUUUGGGAGGCCCAAGGAUGCUGCGAUGGAAGUUUGUUCGAGACUGCCGCGUCGUCAUUCCGGACUGUGCUGCAGCUGGACACCUCCGGCCGGGCGGAGCUGCGGUACUUGGCGGCGCUGGCGGCGGGGCGCCUGCUGGCACGGCAGGCUGAGGCCGAGGACAGCGGGCCCGCAACAUUGCCAGAAGCCUUGCAGCAUUUCGCCGAGGCUCAGCGGCUCGUGGAGCAAUGGGGUCACCCGGAUCUGGGCUCCGCCGCCUUGGCUGACUGGGCCAAGGCAGUGGCCUUGCAGAUGCGCAGGCAGAUCGCAGCGAUUUCUUUGCCGAACAGCGGCAUCAACUGGGAUUCGCUGCUGGGGACGCUGUCGGCGCUAUGCGAGGAUGCGGCCGAGAAGUUUGAGAAGUCUCGCCCCGCCGAGCGCAAAAAGUUUUCGCCGGGCAUGGCGACCAUGGAGAAUCAGAAGUACAGCUUCGAGUGCUACUCCCCGCGAGCGGCCUACUGGUCCUACGACGGGAUUCCCUUCACCAGUUUCUACGUGGUGGUGCUGGCGGCCGUCCUGGCCCGGCAAAGCUUUGUGGCGGAUCAUCUGCUGCUGCUGCUGGUGCCGGCGGCGCUGCACGUCUUGCUCUUCCUGGCCACGCAGUGGUCCGUGCAGGUGAGGUGCUUGGUUCGAUUCAAGCAGGAGGACAUUCAGAGGGCCAGCCAUGUGAAGGUAGUGCCUACCUCCAAUGCCAAGCAGAACUCCAAGAUUCUGCUGGUGCCGGUGCAUCGUCACGAUGGGCAGGUGUCUAUUUCCUACCUCAAGAAGAGGUUCAUUUAUUCUGAGGAGCAUGGCACGUUCCAGCGCCUUCAGUUCGACAUCCAGUCCCCUUUGAGCAAGUACUUGGCCUCAACGGGCCUCGCGGCACCGGAGAUCGCAGAGCAACGACGCACAUUCGGGGAGAAUGUCUAUGACAUUCCCUUGCCUACCUUUGGGGAGCUUUUUCAGGAGCACGCUGUAGCACCAUUCUUUGUUUUCCAGCUGUUUUGCGUUCUGCUGUGGCUCAUGGACGACUACUGGUACUACUCCUUGCUGACCUUAUUUCUGCUGGUGGUGCUGGAGGCGCAGUUGGUGCACCGCCGCCGCAGCGACCUCUCGGAGCUUCGGGCCAUGCGCAUCCCGCCGCGGCCCACGCACGUGCUGCGGAAGGGCAAGUGGCAGGUGGAGCAAAGCAACGAGCUGUUGCCUGGUGACAUCAUCGGCAUCCAGCGGAGUCCCGACGCAUCCUUCCCCUGCGACGCGCUGCUGCUACAGGGCAGCGUCCUGGUGAAUGAGGCGAUGCUCACGGGCGAAAGUGUGCCGCAGAUGAAGGUGCACGCCACCUCCUCCGAGGAGGCCUUGGACAUGGCAGGCCGCCACCGGCAGCACGUGGUCAGCGCGGGCACCAACAUCAUGAUGCACCAGAGCUCCGGGGCCAGAGGCUUUCCGAAGGUGCCGGUCGUUGGCUCCUCCCCGGUAGCGAUUGGAUACGUUCUGCGCACGGGCUUUGACACGACCCAAGGGAAGCUAUGCAGAACCAUCCUCUUCAGCGCAGAUCGGGUGACUGUGUCAAGCAAGGACGCAUAUCAUUUCAUCCUGAUCCUGCUCUUCUUUGCGCUGGUUGCAUGCGCUUAUGUGCUCUACGAUGGCCUGAUCGUGGCGCCCACCCGCGAAACACCCAGAUCGACAUUCAAGCUCCUGCUGGCAGUGAGCCAUAUCAUCACAGCCGUGGUGCCGCCGGAGUUCCCUAUUAUGCUUUCUCUGGCGGUGAAUUUGAGCCUAGUGGAGCUGGUGAAGAAGCGCAUCUUUUGCACCGAGCCCUUUCGUGUCCCGCUGGCUGGGAAGAUUCAGACCUGCUGCUUUGACAAGACGGGGACCUUGACCAGCGACUCCAUGGAGGUUGGGGGGGUGCACGGCCUGGAGUACGCGCCCCCGCCUUUCACGCCCGCGGACGAAGGGGAGCGGGAGAGGAGUUCGAGAGCCUUGGAGCAGAAGUUGCCCUUCCUCUCCACUGCGGUGAUGGCGGCCUGCAACGGCCUCACCCUGGUGGAGGAGACGGUGGUGGGAGAUCCCCUGGAGAAAGCCGCGCAGCAGGCGGUGCAGUGGAGGAUGUCUGGCGCUGACCAGGCCACCUCCAAGCUCGGGCGCGGACCAGAUCGGCUACACAUCCUUCGGCGAUACCCUUUCGCCUCCGAGCUGCAGCGAAUGGCUGUCCUUGUGAGACACCGUGGGCCCGGCCUGGGCUUCUGCGAGGAGGGCCGCGGCGCGGUGAGCGACCGGGUGCUUGCCUUGGUGAAAGGCUCUUGCGAUGCCCUGAAGCCGCGUUUGGCGCAAGCGCCGCAGAACCUGGACGAGCUGCAGGACCAGCUGACCAAGUCGGGCUUCCGAGUCCUUUGCUUGGCUGCCAAAGAGAUGGCCGGGGAGGUGGCGAAGUUUGAUGCUGAGGCUCUGGAGAGAGAGGCGGUGGAGUCAGAGCUGCAGUUCUGCGGGCUGCUGGUGCUCCGGAACUCGGUGAAGCCCAACACCUCCAGCACCAUCCGCCAGCUGCGGAAGAGUUACCACCGGGUGCUGAUGAUCACCGGAGACCACCCGCAGACCGCAUGCCAAGUGGCCAUGAACGUGUGCAUGGCCAACGGGCGGUUCCUGGUCUUGGAGGGGAGUGGUGACCUGGAAUGGAGAUAUCAAGACCACGAGCAGCACCAGCAGAUCCCCUUCAAGACAGCAGAGCUGCUGGACUUGGCUCGGAGCCACACGCUUUGUGUGCCCGGCUCGGCGUUGGCCAAGCUGCGGCAAGAGGAAGUCGAAGAAGUGGUUGGAGCUGUGACGGUCUUUGCGCGAGUCUCGCCGCAGCAGAAGGAGCAAGUGAUCUUGGCGCUGAAUCAGAGGGCCCACACCGUUAUGGUGGGGGACGGCACCAACGACGUGGGGGCGCUGAAGCAUGCUCACGUGGGCAUCUCCUUGAUGACCACCCAGGUGGCGCCCAGAGCUCGCACUCAGCAGGAGUUGAUGGCGGACAACGGGCAGGCGCCUUUGGUGCGCCUGGGCGACGCCAGCAUUGCCAGCCCCUUCACCUACAAGGGGGACUCCAUCAAGUGCUGUAUCCAAGUCCUGCGCAGUGGCAGGGCCACCCUGUGCUCCGUUUUGAUGAUGUACAAGAUCAUGGGUCUGAACUCCGUCAUGUCCGCCUUCGCGAUGUCCGCGCUGACCCUCGAUGGCGUGAAACUGGGGGACAGCCAGACGGCCAUGGAGUCCCUCUUCACCUCCAUGUGCUUCUUCCUGGUCUCGCGCUCGGCGCCAGCCAAGCAGCUUGCCAAGCAGCAGCCCAUCAGCAGCGUCUUCGAGUGGUCAGUGAUGCUGACACUGGCGUGUCAGCUGGUCAUCCACUUGGUGACCCUCUUUUGCGGCUGGCAAAUGGCGAACCAGUAUAGGGCCAAAGACUUCAAGCGAGAUCUAGAAGGCGAGUUCGAGCCAAACUUAACCAACACCGUGGUCUUCGAGCUGAUGGCAGCGAUGCACGCCGCCUCGUUCCUGGCCAACUACGACGGCCAUCCCUUCAUGCAGCCGCUCUCAGCGAACAGGCCGUUGAUGUACAGCCUGGGCUUCUUCGUGCUCAUCAUUCUGGUCUGCGCAUCUGAGCUCGUCCCAGGCCUCAACGAGUCCCUGUCCUUGGUGGUGAGUCCUACUCCGGACUUCCGGAAUAAGAUCCUGCUGCUUGUGCUCGGCGACCUGAGCCUCUCCUGCUUGCUGGCCCGCAGCAUCUCACAGUUGGCCCACAAAGCGAGGGGCCGCGCCGCGGAGACCCGGGCCAAACACCUGGGCCUCGCGGAAAAGAUGUGA